AUGCGCGAUGGUAUUGAUGAUCAUCUGGGAUCCAUUCCUUUGGCAGUUGUUGGCCUGUUUGUCUCAGCAUCAGCUCUCGUUUCCUUAUGUGCAAAAACAGCAAGAAGAGUUUCGAGAAAGUACGAGAAUGAUCGCUUGAACAACGAUUCGAAACUUGAGCCGCCGCCUGGUUCCCCUUUACGGUUGCCCGGGCAGCUCAUUAAGGAGACAAUCAGUAACAAGGACAUUAAUUCUUUCAUCCACCGUGGAAAAGCAGCCGAUGAAGGUGGUGGUGAUGAUGAUCAGAGUGGUGGGCUGUGGCAGAAGAGCAUUUUAAUGGGCGAGAAAUGCCAGCCGCCGGAGUUUUCAGGGGUGAUAUUUUACGAUCGUUGUGGGAAUCGGAUUUCGGAGUUGCCAUCGAGGUCGCCGAGGGCUAGCCCCAUGCCGGCGCCUUUUUCUUUUCCGGUUACCAAAGAUGUUCACUAG